AAUUCUAGAAUUCCUUCUCACUCUGCUUUCUCUCCGUUGCGCAUUCAUCCACCACCACCAUGGAUCCUUACCAAUUCCUUCGGAUCAGUCUGAAUCCAAACGGCACCAUAACUCGCUUGAUCCAAUACCCUGAAUCUCCUCCCUCACCUGAUCCCAACCUUCUCCUUCCUGUUCUCUCCAAAGAUCUCCCCAUUAAUCCUUCUCUCAAUACCUGGCUUCGAAUCUACCUUCCUCGUCGCCGUCAACCCCUGAACCUUCCUCCAUCUUCCCCUACCAACCUACCUCUCAUCGUUUUCUUUCACGGCGGCGGCUUCAUCUUCUACACCGCCGCCUCCACUUACUUCCACGACUUCUGUGUUAACAUUGCAGAACACACCCAAUCUGUCGUCGUUUCCGUCAACUACCGCCUUGCUCCGGAGAACAGGUUGCCGGCGGCUUACGAUGAUGCGAUUGAAGCGUUGCACUGGAUCCGAACCUCCGACGAUCCCUGGCUGACGCAUUUCGCUGAUUGUUCAAACUGCUAUCUGAUGGGAGAGAGCGCAGGGGGUAACAUCGCCUACAAUGCGGGUCUUCGUGCAGCUGCUGAGGUGGAUCAACUUGAACCGUUGAAGAUCCGAGGGCUGAUAUUAGUUCAACCAUUCUUCGGUGGAAUGAAGAGAACUCCUUCAGAACUGAGGCUAGCCGAUGAUACCAUGUUGCCACUGCCCGUUACUGAUCUCUUCUGGGAGCUGUCGUUGCCCGUGGGCGCUGACCGGGAUCAUGAGUAUUGCAAUCCGACGGCUGAGAGUGGGUAUAAAGGUUUUGAUGAUAUCCAACGGCUAGGAUGGAAGGUAAUUGUCUUUGGAAGUUAUGGGGACCCACUGGUGGACCGUGAGGUGGAGCUUGUGAGAUUGUUGGAAGAAAGGGGUGUGCAAGCGAAGGGUCAUUUUGAAGGUGAAUAUAAGCAUGCCGAUUUCUCUAAGGAGCCUACAAAAGCCAUAGCCAAACAACUAUAUCAGACUGUUAAGAAAUUCAUUACUCCUAGAGUGGCUUAGGAUUCGUAUCAUGUUGUUCCUUGUUUAAAUUAAAGUCCACGUGGAGUAGGUAGUUUGCCUUUCUUUUUAUGUUUAGAUGGAUCCAUCAUCUCUGUUU